GUGGCAGACGCCGAGAGCAGGGCGCUGACCGCGCUCGGGCUGGCGCCGCCCGGAUCCUCACCGCCGAGGCCGUACGCUUCGCCCGAGCGGAGCGGUGUGCGCCCGAGCGUGGAACAUUCUCCACCUCCGCAGCUGACGAACCACGACGAGGACACGGCGGAGCGUGCGAGCUCGACCUGGUCUCCCAGGGCGAGGGCGGUGCUGACGCCCAGGAAGCAGAUGGCUGUGCUGACGCCCUUGACACCACCGGCACGCAGGGUGCAGAGGUCCAGGACGCCGGAGAAGACGAUGUGGACGACAGUCGAGGUGGAGCCGAUGACUAUCGCGAGGGAGCAGACCCAACCACUCCGUCGACAGAUCGCGGUGACGGGGCUGCGGCUGGCGGAGGAGCAGGCGCGUUCCUGGCUGCGCCUGGCGCGCUCGCGGUCGGCGCAGCCAUUCUCGCAGCCGCCACCACUCGAGCUCCUGGCCCCCGCCGAGCUGCUUGCCAAGAUCGACGCGAUCAAGAAGGAGCUGUCGCGGUGCAGGGCGGUGCAGGCUAUCGGAGCGAAGUGGCUGGCGAAAGUGAGGGUGCCGACAGCGUCCGAGAAUGGGCACGCCGGCGGGGAUCCUGUCGGAAGCCCCGCCGAAAGAGCAGCAGCCGCCGUCCAGACAGCAGCAGUCGACGAUGUCACCUUCAGUGGCCUUCGAGGCGUCGCGGGUCCCCAGCUUUUCCCGAUUCUCUUCACGGCGGGCGCGGACACCCUCGGACGGAUUCGCAGCUACGCCGACGACCUCGCGGCCCCGCUGCGGACCGGCGAGUCGCUCGCGCCAGAGGCCCUGACGACGCGACCGGACCCGACCUACACAGAGGGAGCUUCGCAGAUCCAGCUGUGCACCGAGGCGACCUUCAAGGGCGCGCAGUUUUUCGAUAUGGAGGAGGUGGGCCUCCACAUCCCAGAGGUCUGGUCCACGGUGGAGUCGGACUUCAGCUCGCCGAGCCCGAGCGCUGCGGACUUGCUGGAGACGCACGCUCAACCUGGCGCCCAGCCCGACGCCCUGCCCGACGCCCUGCCCGACGCCCUGCUCCACGUUUUCCCUGGCGCCCAGCCCGACGCCCAGAUUGACUCACAGCCCGACGUCCUCCCCGACGACUCCCCCGACAACCUCCUCGACGACCAGCCCGACGCUCAACCUGGCGCCCAUCCCGGAACCCAACCCGACGCCCAGUCCGACGCCUUGCCCGACGCUCUGCCCGACGCCCUGCCCGACGCCUUCCCCGACGCCCUCCCCGUCCACGUGCUCUCCACGCACGGCCUGGGUGUGCAGAAGACCUACAGCUACCUGCUGGACAUGGCGGCGGGGCUGCAUCGCAUCGGAGCUCGAGCCGGGGACCGAUCUCUGGUGGCGAGGGCGCUCGCCUACCGGCAGGCUGCCCAGACCAUCCAAAGCCAUAUGGCGGCGGGCGUUCCUUCGGCGUAG